AUGAUCGAAAUCGAAGCUGGCGGUCGAAAAGCACAAUGCCAAGCUGGUGUUACUGAUACUAUUGUCUGGGCAUUUGGUGCGUUUUUUUGCGCAAUUGUGAUUCCAAUUGCUACGAGUUUUGCAACACAAGAUUGUGAUCGCUAUGAACAUAAACGAAGAACUGGAAAUCCGAGAUGUUUCUCUUCGAAAACACUAGGACGAUCAGUAUGUAUCGCUCUUCAACUAAUGUAUAAACUUGGACAAGCGUCUUCUGAACCUUGUAAUAACCAAAAUCAUGGGAAACAAAAGUGUGUUGGAAAUGAAGGUUUUAUAACCUGUGUUUACAGCAAUUCCAUAGAGGUCGAUACAUGA